AUAACAGACACAGACAGCUAGAGCACUUUCUCUCCCUUCAGAAAAGCCCAAAACCUUCCCAGUCCAUUCUUCUGAUGCUGCUGUCAGAUCGGCUGCUUUACCAACCCUGGUGUCACCUGUCUUACAGGAUCAGCCCCGCAGUACAUGGGCCAGGAGGAGUUCUACGGAGAGCAGUAUGGACACACUCAAAGCUCCAGCGAGCCUGUUAGCCAACAGUAUUACUCGGAUGGCCAUGGGGAGUAUUCCUAUCAGCAGUCUUCCUAUGGGGAGCAGAAUUAUGAGAGAUCCUUUGACGAGUUGUCACAACACUAUUACGAAGGCGGAAACUCUCAGUACAGCCAACAGCAGACACAGUACCAACAAGGCUCUGGGACGCACCAGACGUUCAGCCAACAUCUGUACCCAUCCCAAGCCGGCUACAGCGCUCAGCCUCAGGGAUACGGUGCAGGGCAGGGCAGCUCAUCCCAGUAUCCUCAGUAUCAGCAGGGCCAGAGUCAGCAGUACCCAUCAUACCGCUCCAUUCAGCCAGGACCAGCCGCCCCAUCACAGAGGUCCUACUCUUUUGAACAGGUGAACACCAUGACCGUCCUGUACAAUGACAAAGUGACCCAGCCCAGUAAUGAGAGGGGUCAGUAUGGAAACUAUCAGCAAUAAAGAGACAUGGCUAAUGUGUGGGGCAGUUUUUUGUGUGCAUCCCUCUUUACUCUGGAUGCUGGAAAAACAGAGGAUUCUCCACCAGCCCUGGCUCACAGGCUUGCUACGGAAUCAGAAUCAAACUCUAUAAACGGAAACAAAUAAAUUAGAUUUUUUACAAGGGUUUGGAGUUUAUUUUUUAAUCCUACUUUUAUCAUACAGGAGAUAUUAUUUUCUCUACCAGCACACUGAAGUCUCGGAUACUUUAGCUUUUUUCUGUAAUUAUUUGUUUAUUUUGCACUGUAAAUUUUGUCGAUUGAUUGAAUGGAUGGAUGAAUGGAUUAAUGUUCUGAUAGCACAAAUGGAAAUACUGAUGUUUAUUUUCCAUGUUUAUUUUGUUAUUUAUUUAGUUUUGUUUAUUUCAAUUUUAAAUACUGUAAUCAUAAAUUUUAAUCGAAGGGAACGCAAAAUUGCAGACAAAUAGCCAAAGUUCAAAUUUUACACAUAAUAAGUUGUAUAUAGAUUUCUUUAUUGGAAUCCUCAUGUACAUUUACAGUAUAUAGUAUGGUGUUCUUCAACAGUUUACCGCGUGACAUGCCGGUGUGAUGUUGUUCUCAUCAUGUUUUAGGGGACUGAAUGUUUAGGAUGUAGACAUUUUCAUGCUUUACUGUUGCUCUGACACUGUAUACUGUAUCAUAUGAUACAGUAUAAACUCAAACCUAAAAAAAAAAAACAUUUUUAAUGGGGGUUAAAGAUGGAUUCACCCGUAAGGGGACAGCACACUCAAAAACUGUGGCAAAUUGACAUUAAAGACAAUUAUCACUGGCUGUUAAACAGCUUUUAUACCAUACUGCACAAAUAAUCUGUGACAAUUGUGGGAUACGUGUGUUUACUUAGCAAACUGUACGGUUUAUCUGUAAUUUGAUUACUGAUAUUGAGUAUGCAUAUGUAGUAUAUACACUUAUGUGAAAACAUCUAGUUAGCACAAUUGAAAAGACAUUUGUGAUCAUUUGAACAAAUAUCUUACAUCUCCAUCUUCACUGUUCUGUAAUAUAUGGACUUUUAUGAAAUUC